UGCUCCUGAGCUGCCGACAAAUAAAGGUCUAUAAUCUCAGCAUCAUCAUAGAGAUUUGCCAGAAUGGAGAUUUUAUGUUUUGUUGAAGCUCUUCUCCUGAUUUUAGCAGCUCUUGUACAGGAUCACUCGAGCACAGCAGCAGAUGGACAGAGUUUUCCUCUGGACAUGGCGCUGAGUUCAGUGGAUGAUCAAUAUGAGGGCUGUUCUGCAGAAAUGGCGACUCUGGUGAAGACCGAAUUUCUGGAGAAGGAAAGAUCUGCAUCUGCUAACUUUAAUAAAGCCUGGCAAGAAGCUGAAGAGAACUCUGUGAAGCCAGAGGACAACCUAACGAGGAAUCAUUCCAUCGCCAUUCACAUCUACACCAAUAAAGAUGCAAAGGUGUACAGUUCAUUAAACAGCGCGACACGUACCGGCAAGCACGCGUACACCGACGGGACGUUUGCAUGGCACUCACUUCACUUCCUGCUAACAGACGCCAUACAGAUCCUCAAGAAAACCCAAGAUUCAUGCUAUCUAGCUUAUCGGGGCACCAGUGACAAAUUUGAGCUAAAGUCUGAAGAGGUCCGCUUGGGCUCAUUUGCGUCCUCUUCUCUGGACCGAGCGGUCAUUCAGGAGUUUGGAAAUACCUCUUGUUUUGAGAUCUACACGUGUGAAGGGGCUGAUCUGACCAAAUACUCAAAGUAUCCUGAGGAGAAAGAGGUGCUGAUUCCUCCGUACGAGAGGUUUCGAGUCGUGGCUGUGAGGAACCAGACGCAUGAGGAGGAUCUGUGGUGUGAAACUGUGUUUGUGCUGAACAGCAGCAGCUCCAUGAGUGACCUGAACUGUGCUUUAUUCAACAGCGGACACCACACUGCCUUCUGUAAGCUGCUAUUAAUAGUGCUAAUCUUAUUUUACGUAGUGUUUACAUGCUAACUGCUUAAUAUGAGAUUAAUUAAUUUGGUCCUGCUUUAUAUUAAGUGGUCUACUACACUUUAAGGUAAUUAACAGCUCUGUAUUUUGUUAUUCACAAAUGUUUUUGGUUUGUUUACGGUUGUGAAUUGCAUUAUGGGAUGUUGAUCUCUGCUUUGUCCACUUUUAAUGUUUAAUUGAACAGUUUAUCAAUGACUCUUACUGAGAUUGUUGUACUUUUGAAAUUAUAAAAUGUAUAAUAAAUCAUAUUUAGAGAAAUAAA